GGGCGGUGACUCAUCCCGGCGCCCGCCCGGCCGGUUCUUAAGCAGCAGCGCGGGGUGGGCGCCGAGUCUUGGGGCGGCGGCGGGAGCCGGAGGAGGUUUGCUGGGCGCUCUAAAAGGGUUUCCUCUGCCUCUAGGUUGGGAAAACCGUUUCAGCUGCUGCUGGAGAGUGUGUUUCCAGGAGACUGAGAAAGACCCAUCAGGAACCGAAAAUGCCGAAACCAAUCAACGUCCGAGUUACCACCAUGGACGCGGAGCUGGAGUUCGCCAUCCAACCAAAUACAACAGGAAAACAGCUUUUUGAUCAGGUGGUUAAGACCAUCGGCCUUCGGGAAGUGUGGUACUUUGGCCUCCAGUAUGUAGAUAAUAAAGGAUUUCCGACCUGGUUGAAACUUGAUAAAAAAGUGUCCGCCCAGGAGGUCAGAAAGGAGAACCCUCUGCAGUUCAAGUUCCGGGCCAAGUUCUACCCCGAAGACGUGUCCGAGGAGCUCAUCCAGGACAUCACCCAGAAGCUUUUCUUCCUGCAAGUGAAGGAGGGGAUUCUCAGCGAUGAGAUUUACUGCCCACCUGAGACGGCGGUGCUCCUGGGCUCCUACGCGGUGCAGGCCAAGUUCGGGGACUACGGCAAGGAGCUGCACAAGUCCGGGUACCUUGGCUCCGAGCGGCUGAUCCCCCAAAGAGUCAUGGACCAGCACAAGCUCACCAGGGACCAGUGGGAGGACCGGAUCCAGGUGUGGCACGCCGAGCACCGCGGGAUGCUCAAAGACAGUGCUAUGUUGGAGUAUCUGAAGAUUGCCCAGGACCUGGAAAUGUAUGGAAUCAACUAUUUUGAGAUAAAAAAUAAGAAAGGAACAGACCUUUGGCUUGGAGUUGAUGCCCUUGGACUAAAUAUUUAUGAGAAAGAUGAUAAGUUGACUCCAAAGAUUGGCUUCCCAUGGAGUGAAAUCAGGAACAUCUCUUUCAAUGACAAAAAGUUUGUCAUUAAGCCCAUCGACAAGAAGGCUCCUGACUUCGUGUUCUAUGCCCCCCGCCUGCGAAUCAACAAGCGGAUCCUGCAGCUGUGCAUGGGGAACCACGAGCUGUACAUGCGCCGCAGGAAGCCCGACACCAUCGAGGUGCAGCAGAUGAAGGCCCAGGCCCGGGAGGAGAAGCAGCAGAAGCAGCUGGAGCGGCAGCAGUUGGAAACCGAGAAGAAAAGGAGAGAAACCGUGGAGAGGGAAAAAGAGCAGAUGAUGCGUGAGAAGGAGGAGCUGAUGCUCAGGCUCCAGGACUACGCGGAGAAGACCAGGAAAGCAGAGAAAGAGCUCUCGGACCAGAUCCAGCGAGCCCUGAAGCUGGAGGAGGAGAGGAAGCGGGCGCAGGAGGAGGCCGAGCGCCUGGAGGCCGAGCGCCUGGCCGCGCUGCUCGCCAAGGACGAGCUGGAGAGGCAGGCGGCGGAUCAGAUCAAGAGCCAGGAGCAGCUGGCCACGGAACUCGCCGAGUACACGGCCAAGAUCGCCCUCCUGGAGGAGGCGCGGCGGCGCAAGGACGACGAGGUGGAGGAGUGGCAGCUCCGGGCCAAAGAAGCCCAGGAUGACCUCGUAAAGACCAAGGAGGAGCUGCACCUGGUGAUGACCACGCCCCCGCCGCCUCCGCCCCCGGUGUACGAGCCCGUUAACUACCAUGUCCAGGAGAACCCGCAGGAGGAGGGCACGGAGUACACGGGCUACAGCGCCGAGCUGUCCAGUGAGGGCAUCCUGGACGACCGCAACGAGGAGAAGCGCGUCACCGAGGCCGAGAAGAACGAGCGCGUGCAGCGGCAGCUGAGGACUCUGACCAGCGAGCUGUCCCAGGCCAGAGACGAGAACAAGCGGACCCACAACGACAUCAUCCACAACGAGAACAUGAGGCAAGGCCGGGACAAGUACAAGACGCUGCGUCAGAUCCGCCAGGGCAACACCAAGCAGCGCAUCGAUGAGUUCGAGGCCAUGUGA